GCGCCCUUUGAGGACACGCCUUUCAUAUGUUGAGAUAUCGAAAUUUUGACGUCUCUCUGGCAAAUGAACACUUUGAAAAUGCCUUCUGCAAUCUCCAGAUCUGAACAAAUUAGUGAAGCACUUGCUGCGGCACGUGCAACUUACGGGAAAUCAAACCCCGAAAGCCAAAAGAUUAACUCAGAGUCAUCGUUGUCUUUGCCUGGAGGCACGACCAGAAAUGUGGUUCAUUUCAAACCGUUUCCUUUGAUUUUAGAAUCCGGAAAAGGAUCAUACCUCACAGAUGUUGAUGGACACACUUAUCUUGACUUGUGCGGAGAAUACUCCGCUGCUAUGUUUGGGCAUAGUCAUCCUGUCAUCACCAAAGCCAUGCAUUCUGCCAUCGAAAGCGGGUUUGCUCUCGGUGGGGUCAAUCGUUUCGAGGGACGUCUUGGCAAGUUGUUUUGCUCAAGAUUUCCGAGCAUCGAAAAGAUUCGAUUCUCCAAUUCCGGAACAGAGGCAAACUUGACUGCCAUAGCACUUGUCAAGGCGUACACUAAGAGAAACACCAUCUUAGUGUUUAAGGGUGGCUACCAUGGAGGACUAGCUACGUUUAGUAAGGAUGACAAAGUGACAGCAAACUCGAUGAAUGCACCUCACAACUUUGUGAUUGCUCCUUAUAACGACAUUCAAGCCUUCCAUGAUUUGGUCGCCAAGCACAAGGAUGACCUUGCCUGUAUUUUCUUGGAACUGAUGCAAGGAUCGUCUGGUUGCCUUCCAGCAGAUAUCGAAUUUAUCAAAGCGACCCGAGCGAAAGCCAUUGAGGUCGGUGCUAUUCUCAUGUUCGAUGAAGUUAUGACGAGUCGUAUGUCCACGGGAGGGCUGCAGUCGUUGCUUGGCGUAACUCCAGAUAUGACAACCCUUGGGAAGUUUUUUGCUGGAGGUGGACAGAAUUUCGGGGCGUUCGGUGGCAAGAACGAGAUAAUGUCGAUCAUCGAGCCUGGACAUCCAGGUGGAGCGUACCAUUCUGGCACUUACAAUAACAACGUCACUACAAUGGCAGCAGGCGUAGCUGUUCUCGAACAAGUCUGGACAAAGGAGGCCGCAGAUGACUUGUAUAAGAUGGGAGAGUGGCUUCAGAAGGAGCUCGAGAGAGCGUCGAAGGAAGCAGGUUCGACCUUGAAAGUGACUGGUGUCGGAAGUCUGAUGACCUUGCACUUCAGCAAGAAUGAAGUCCGUUCCGCUGCAGAUGUGCAGGCCAGUGAAACGAACGUCCGGGAAUUGUUCUUCUUCGAUAUGCUGAAGAAAGGGUUAUAUCUUGCCCAGAGAGGUAUGAUAAGUCUAAUGACGGUUACCACGAAGGAGGAACUCGAGACGUUUGUUGAGGCUGUGAAGGAAUUUCUAGUGGAAAGGAGGGAAUUCGUAUGUUGACGUUUGCUAAGGAACAAUCAAAUGUCGUAGACAGGUUGAGUAAUGACUCGGCGGCUUCCUUCUCGUGUGUCCAAAUGUCCUUCUGCACCAAAUGCUAACACGGAGCUUCCCGCCU